ACCUAGAUACCAGCAGGCCAGGUAACAGAUAUCAAACAUACACUCGCACACACAGACACACACACAGAUCAGACAGAGAGCGACAGAAUGAGUGUGUGGAGAGCUGUGUGUGUGGCCGUGGUCUUGUAUCUCAAUGCUCAAGAUGUGUCAGCGCAAUUAAACGUUUGUGGACAAGCACCUCUCAAUGACCGUAUAGUGGGUGGGCAGGACGCGAAAGCAGGCGCGUGGCCAUGGAUGGCCAGCCUACACCGAGGCAGCCACUUCUGUGGGGGGUCCCUCAUAACCAAGGACUGGGUGAUGACGGCUGCACAUUGCUUCCCCAGCACGAGCACCGCUGGCCUGGUCGUCUACCUGGGUCGCCAGGAUCAGGAGGGCAGUGUUAACCCUAAUAUGGUUUCCAGUAAAGUCCUAAGUAUAAUCAAACAUCCCAGUUACAAUGACAUCACCAAAAAUAAUGACAUCGCCCUCCUCCGUCUUGCCACCUCUGUCACCUUUACCAGCUACAUCCGCCCCGUCUGCCUGGCAGCAGCCGACAGCACCUUCGACUCUGGCACCAAGACAUGGAUCACCGGAUGGGGAACCACUGCAUCAGGCGUCUCUUUGCCCUAUCCAGGGACGCUGCAGGAGGUGCAAAUUCCAGUGGUGGCAGAGUUAGACUGCCGUACGGCUUAUUACCCUCAUGCUGCUAUCACUAACAACAUGAUGUGUGCUGGAUUACUAGGACAGGGAGGCAAGGACUCCUGCCAGGGAGACUCCGGCGGUCCGAUGGUGGUUAAACAGGACUCUGUGUGGGUCCAGGCAGGGAUUGUGAGUUUCGGCAUUCGCUGCGCCAUGGCGGAAUUCCCUGGAGUGUACGCACGUGUCUCCCAGUUUGAAAGCUGGAUCAACUCCACAAUCAUCACAGACCGUGGAGCCGGCAGUGCUGGAGGGUCCCCUAGCCUCCUCACAGGCCUCCUUACCAUCUCGCUCUACCUCCUCAUCUCUGCCUGA